AUGGAAGCAACUCUACCUCAUUUUCAUCGGCUGACGACAUCGCGGUUCUAUCAACAAUAUGCCGCUCCUCCUGUUCGCAUAUCAAGCAAUUACCUACACGAACUUCUACCUCAGCAGCACCCAAGCCUUCUACAACAAUAUUUGGCAUAUUAUAAUGAACCUUUAAUGCCUCUUGAUUUAUCACUCAAAUCAACAUCUCCGAUUACUCCUCCGUGUACACCUCCACCUGCGCAGAAGCGAAAGUUGUCUGGUGAUCAAAAACAUAUAAAAUCUCCAAAAAUAUUCAGACAUUUUGAAGAUAGCGAAACAAAAAGUAUUGACGAUGAUAAGUCACACAAGAGAAAAUGUGAUGAGGAUAAUUCAAACGAUAGCGAUAGUCCCGAAGCAAAGAAAUUAAAAUUUACGAAACAAUUUUUCGAAGAGUUGCGUACAUGUCUCCCAGCAGAACCGGAAACCUCUUCCAAAAGCGAGAGAAGUUCCCCUGAUAUAGUCGAAAUAAAGGAUGUUGAAGAACGGCCGAAGAAAUCACCAAAACCUCCACAACCGUUGAAAAAGAGUAAAGCAGUAAGGAGAUUAAUGUUUGAUGAGGAUAAAACAUCACCUGUUUCCGGAACAAUCAUUCGUGAUUUAGCUGAGGACGAAACGUUAGUUGUCCGAAAGGGCGACAUAGACCCAGCGUUUAAUGUAGUGGAAGUGACAGAAGAAGCUAAAGCCUUAAUCGCUAAUAUAGAAAACAGACUGGGUCGCUACAUUUGCCGACUCUGUCGUAGACUCUACAGCGAUGCGUUCGCUUUGGCUCAACAUCGGUGUUCCCGAAUUGUACAUAUAGAAUAUCGAUGUCCGGAGUGCGACAAGGUAUUCAACUGUCCUGCGAACUUGGCUUCGCACCGACGCUGGCAUAAACCACGCGUGCCAGGAGCGGCCAAGCGACGGGACCCACCUGCGAGUGACGCUGGUCGGUUUCCCUGCCAACGUUGCGGUAAACUGUUCCGAAGACAGGCCUACUUGAGAAAACAUCUUUUGGCUCACGAACAGCCAGAAACCGAAGCCGAAAAAGAACCAUCAGCUUUUCGUCAGGUGCAUGCAGAAUAUCCUGCUUAUCAAACGGAACCAUGUCGGGACAGCAAUUUCAACACUUUCUGGAACAAAAUACCACCACUGCAACAAGAGUUGGCCUGGGAGGAUGUGCGAGGCAGAUGCACCUCCCCAUGUUCCUCAGAAGACUCUCGGAGCCUUGACGUGACGGGUUCGGAAGACGAAGGCGGCGGGAUCGACGAUGGCUGA